GGUGUUAUUAGCUAUACUAUUUCAAUUCAAUAUACUUUUAUAUAUUCACUAAUACCUACGCAGUUGUUCUGUUGAAGCACUUAUCACGUUCAUCUACACAUGAAGUUUUUUUUACUGCAUUGAGUGAUAACAUUUAUACAGCUGGCAGAGGAAAACGAAGUUCGAUAUAUAUGACUGAAAACAGUUUGAGAACAAAUCAAUGGAUAUGAUUUUCGAUUUUGCUGUUUUAAUUUGUGUUCUUGGACGAAUUUCUGGGGAGCUAACUACACAGACUCCUGACAGACGUAAGCUUUGCACAGAUGAAAAAAGCCAAUGUGUUCUUCCAGGAUCAACAGAUGUAUGUUCUGGGAGAGGAGAUUGUGUUUGUGGUAACUGCCAUUGUUAUUCAAGUAGAGGCGAUUUACCACUGACAUACACUGGAACAUGGUGUGAAUGUGAUCCAUCUAGUUGUCCGUCAUUUAAUGGGUUGGUUUGUGGAGGCAGUGAUCAUGGUGUCUGUGAUUGUGGAUUUUGUAAAUGUUAUAAAAAUUUUGAUGGUAAAAACUGCGGAUGUUCAACAAAGAAAGAUAUGUGUACAGCAAAUGAUGGAACUAUUUGUGGAGGACACGGUGAAUGUAUGUGUAACAAGUGUAGAUGUGACAAAGACUACGCAGGGGAAAAAUGCACAGAAUGCAAGAAUUGUCAGUCGUGUGAUGCCAACAAAGAAUGUGUUAAAUGUAUGUUAACGAGGUCUGAUAAUUCCAAAGGCGAGACAAGUUGUAAAGAACAAUGUAGUCAGAUUAAUGUCAACUUUGUAGACGACGUAGAAAAGACAGAUUUACAAAAUUCUGAAAUAUUGUGUGAAUACGAAGGAAUAACCUACAUUGUACAAACAGAUAAAAUCAAAAGAAUACAGAUCAAAGCUGCUUCUAGAAUUGAAGAAAAUCCUAAAAGCAGUGGAGUUAUGUAUUCAUCGAUGGUUUUCGUACCAUUGCUUGCUGUAUUGACAUGGGUGUUUUAGUAAUGUGUAGUUUGCGAAGAGACUUAUGAUAUGUAAUGUUGUACUUGUGCCAAUAUGACUGACGAUGUCAAUUUAUUUUCCUAAUAAAUUUUUUAAAUAUCA